AUGAAUAAAUAUAUAGUAGUACAACACUAUUUAGUUGGUACUGCUGAUAAGUGGUUUCUUUAUAAUAAUGUGAAUAUUCCUGAUUGGUCUUCAUUUAAGAUUGCUAUCACUCAAGCUUUUCAACCCGCAUCUAAUCGAACAUUAUCAGUGGUUGAUCAACGGUCAAUAUCAGUACAAAAUGCUAAUUCAUCAUCAAUAUCAUCCGAAACAACCCCAAAUUCAUCCUCCACAUCUCAAGAUAAUUUUUCAGCAGUUACUGAUCUCAGUGGAUCAAUUUCAAAUAAACUUUCUCCACCAACCUCGGAAAUCGAAAAAUCUUCAAUAUUUAAACGAAUAAUAAAGGAUGAUCAACAAUUAACUAUUGUUGUUAUGCCUGAACCCUCAUCGCUUCAUCAAUUCGUAAACGAAAUUAAAGAUUCAAUCGUUGUUAACAUCCCAAAUAAUUCGUCCUCGAUACUUACAAGUACUCAAUUAACAUGUUCAUCUACACAGUAG